AUUUUUUGUUUUCUCCGGAGGACUUUUGUUCUUUGUUGUCUCUUAUUACUCUCCCUACUCAGCAGAACCACUUUAUCCACCCUCACACUCAACAUCACUGCGACUCCUGCACAUCCAUCGCUUCUUUCCUUCAAAAUACAACAUGGACGUCCUCCAAAAAUCCGUCCUGGAUCCUCUCCAGCCCGUCCUUCGCCCCAUCGUCUCGGCCGUGCCCGAACCCGUGCACGAUGCGAUCAUCUCGCUGAUCGGCCAGUCCUGCCACAACGCUCUGGUGGUCGACCUCGACGUGAGCAAGGAUCCCGCCUGCACCUCGCUGGCUAUCUCGAAGGCGCUGGGGAUUGCCAUCGUCGGCGCCAGCGCUAUUGUCAAGGUGCCCCAGAUCGUGAAGCUCAUCAGCUCGCGCUCGUCGGCCGGCGUCUCGUUCGUCUCGUAUGCGCUGGAGACGGCCAGCCUGCUCAUCACGCUCUCGUACAGCGUGCGCAAUCAAUUCCCCUUCAGCACCUUUGGCGAGUCGGCCUUGAUCGCCCUGCAGGAUGUGGUGGUGGGUGUCUUGGUGCUGGUGUUUGCGGGCCGGUCCGCGGCGGCGGCGGCGUUUGUCGCCGUGGUUGCGGCCAGCGUGUACGCCUUGCUCUUCGAUCAGACCCUUGUGGAUGCGAACACCAUGUCGCUGCUGCAGGCCGGUGCCGGAGCGCUGGGUGUGGCUAGCAAGGCGCCGCAGAUCUACACUAUCUGGCGGGAAGGUGGCACUGGCCAGCUGAGUGCUUUUGCUGUCUUCAACUACCUCGCCGGUUCCCUGUCGCGCAUCUUCACCACCCUGCAGGAGGUGGACGACAAGCUGAUCCUAUACGGAUUCAUCGCCGGAUUCUCGCUGAACCUGGUUCUGGCGGCUCAGAUGCUGUACUACUGGAACAGCCCGGCCGUGUCCCAGGGCAAGAAGACCACUCAGGGCAAGCCCAUCGGCAGCGCGACGAGCGUGUCGACUCCGAAGCCCACGGCCACGAGCUCGGGCAUCUCCUCGCCCAAGGCCUCGGGCAAGACUCCGACCACCCGGAGACGUGGUUGAUUGGGUCCUUUUUUUUCUUUCCUCGUAUAGAUUCUUUCAGUUCGACGAUAAUUCCAAUCCACUUUUCCCCCUUC